AUGACAUUAACAAAAUACCAACGAGGGGACCCAAUGGAAGGUUGGAACGACUGUCCCUCUGUGAUGCUACCUACUCCCACAUCGAGUACAAGGGGAAACAGACGAAGAGUGAAAAGAGUUGGCCAUACUAUCAAUAAUUCCAAUGGAAUAGUUGCAGAAAGUGGCAGUAGACCAGGCACAAAUGUGCUGAGUCUUCCUAAUGGCUUACCUGCUCCUCCAUAUUCGAAGUCUUUGAAUGGAUCCUGGGUUAUGGUAUCAAAAGAGGACGGGGACCCCAAGAAAGAUAAAGAACAAGGCUUACAGAAGUUAUUUUCAUUACCCACCAAUUUGACUGGUGAAGUUUAUGAUUUAUAUAAGAGUAAGCUAAGUCAAAGCAGCACAACUUUCACAACAGAAGAUUCUGAAUUUUUUCUAAGUAUUGUGGAUCAAGUGAUGAAAUAUUCUUCAAUAACAGAUGAAGAGGAAUUAACAUGUACGAUUGAGAAAACGAAAACCCAGAUAUUAAGCUAUAUGAUGAUAAAGACUGAUGCAAGUUCUUGGUGCGUACCACUAAGAAAAUUAUCGGAAAACGUUAAGAUUUAA